ACAAGUUGAUGAUUUUGCUAUCUUAUUUUAUUUUUUUCUCUCCAGAAUGGAUUCCACGUGGGUCCCCUGGGUGGUGGCUCUGCUGGUGAAUCUGAUCAGGCUGGGUUACUCCAUGACUCAAGGAGACUCUCCAGAAGAUUUUGUGAUUCAGGCAAAGGCUGACUGCUACUUCACCAACGGGACAGAGCAGGUGCGGUUUGUGGUCAGGUUUAUCUUUAAUUUGGAGGAGUACGCACACUUUGACAGCGACGUGGGGAUGUUUGUGGCGCUGACGGAGCUGGGGCAGCCUGAUGCCGAGACGUGGAACAAUCGGCCCGACAUCCUGGAGAGGAACAGAGCGUCUGUGGAUUUGCUCUGUAGACGCAACUACAGGCUGGGGGCUCCCUUCACUGUGGGGAGAAAAGUGCCACCAGAGGUGACAGUGUACCCAGAGAAGACCCCGGUCCUGCGACAGCACAACUUGCUGCUCUGCUCUGUGACGGGCUUCUAUCCGGGGGACAUCAGAGUCAGGUGGCUGCGGAAUGGGCAGGAGGAGAGAGCCGGGAUCAUGUCCACAGGCCUUAUCAGAAACGGAGACUGGACCUUUCAGACCACAGAGAUGCUGGAAAUGACUCCCGAGCUUGGAGAUGUCUACACUUGUCUCGUGGAUCACCCCAGCCUGCUGAGCCCUGUUUCUGUGGAGUGGAGGCCUCAGUCUGAAUAUUCUUGGGCAAAGAUGCUAAGUGGAGUUGCAGGCUUCCUGCUUGGGCUGAUCUUCCUUCUGGCGGGAACCAUCACUCACAUCAGGGCUUGGAAAGGAUAUGUGAAGACACGGCUCUCUGCUGCUGCUGAGGUCUCUUAGUGCUGUUUUCCCACCGCAGCCGCACUAAGGUGUUCUUCCACCACAGCCUGAAGUGAGUGGCUCCGGGCCUGAGGCUACACAAAGGACCGUUGUGAAGCCAAUGUUCUUGGAGUGACUCUUCUCUGUGCUCCCUGGACAAGUUCUGAACUGAUUGUAGAGUUUUGUGGCCUGAGAUCAUGCAUCCCCUCCCCACCACCCUUCUUCCUUCUGCUCAGGUAUUCCGUUAGCCUCACCCACAAGGACACUCCCCAGAAACCCUUCCAGGAAGACAGAGCUCCUUCCAAACCCACACUGCCUGCUUCCUUGUGGUCCAGCCUAACCCUGUAAGUCAUGACCCCCGAUGUCUUCCAGCUGCAUUCUCCUCAGCUUUCAGAAGACACGUGCUCAGUCGCUGUUUUU